AUGUUUAAAUGGCUCAGCCCCGAGCUACAGCAGAACAUCGCAGAAGAUGACUACUGCCAGAAACACCUGGAACCACCUCUGGUGUUCUGUGAGGAUGACCAAGUCACGCUUUGUGGCAAGUGUUUCCUGUCCCAGGAGCAUAAGACUCAUGUGGUGUGUGGAAUAAAGGAGGCUGCUGAGAGUUACAGGAAGUUAUUCCGGGACUUGUUGAACACGUUGAAGGAGAAGCUUGACGUUACUAAGAUCCUACUGGCUGAGGAACAGGAAAAAAUGGUGGUUAUUCAGGGAGAAGAGCAGAAUUUUAAAGAAGUGAUUGAAUCUGAGUAUAAGAUGAUAUUCCGGUUGAUGACUGAAGAGGAUGACAUGAACCUGCAAGGGGCCACGUUCAACCUGAACUUAAAAAAAGCCACUCUGACUCAGAAGAUGGCGUUUGUCGCAGAGCUAGAGGAGAAAUUCCAGGAAGCAAUACAGAGACUGAACAGUCUGGGGAAAGAGAACAUGAAAAGACUACAGGAGAGUGAAAUCAAGAUCUAUGAACAGAUCUACAGCCUCCAGCAGGUCAUCGCAGAGCUAGAGAAGAAGUGCGGGGAAACUCCCAUAGCGUUGCUCAAGGAUGCCCGGUGUUGUUUUGAACGCAAUGGGGUGAUGCUGCUUCAGAGCCUAGAGCCUGCCCAGAUCACGGACCCGAGAUUAUGCCAAAUACCAGGAAUGAGGAUGAUACUGGAAGUGCUUCAAAGACCUGUAACUUUGGAUCCCACAACAGCUCAUCCCUGCCUUACCUUAUCUGAGGAUCUGAGAAGCGUGAGAUUCAGAAAUGUCCAGCCCAAUGUAUCUGGCAGCCCAGAGAGCUUUGACUUCAGUGCUUCUGUGCUGGGCAAGGAGAGCUUCACCUCAGGGAGGCAUUACUGGGAGGUGGAUGUGGAAAAGGCAACGAAAUGGCAGUUGGGCGUCUACGAGGACACUGCCAGUGGGCAGGAUAUCAUGCUCAAAGCCUCCGGAGAGAAAUUCUUACUCACGGGAUCCAUGAUGGAAACCGAGUAUACCUUCUGGGUCUUUCCUCCUCUAAAAAGGGUCGCCUCAGGAGAGCAGAUACACAAAGUUGGAGUUUUCCUAGACUAUAAGUAUGGGCAGAUAUCAUUCUAUGAUGUGGCAAAGGGGCUCCUCAUUUAUAAUUUCUCUCAUCUUGUGUUCCAUGGAGCUCUCAGGCCUACCUUUUCUCUUUGUUUCCCAAAUGCAGGCACAAACACAGACUCUCUCACCAUCUGCCUCCCGGAGGCUAAUUCUUCUAACUCUGCUGCUGACCCUCAGCCCUCCUGGGUGUGA